AUGGAUACAAGUGAAAUCGAAGGGGAUGCCUCUCAGUUGAUUGAAGACGGCACCAGCCACCUUCCUCGGCUACCAGCAUGCCGCUUUUGUCACGCACGGAAAAUCAAGUGCGAUAAUCUUCGACCAAAAUGUGGCCUAUGUAUCAAGCACCGGCAAGAAUGCAUGACCUUGACUGUGGACGACAACGAGUCGGUCACUCGGCAAUAUAUCGGAGACCUUGAGCAAGAAGUCAAGUUGCUUGAGGAGAGGCUCGCUGCGGCGGGCCCAAAUGACCCUGUCUCUAGGGCGUCUCCUGCCACUGAAGGGCCUUCAAAUUCGCAGGAUCGCCCAGAGCACUCGCCUAACUUCAUUGAAGGUGGUGGGAUAAGUUUCAUGCGAUACCUUUUCGCUGACUCAGAAUGGCGUGAACAUGAUCCGAGCCUUCUUCAAAACCUGUCCAAAAGCUCGGGACCAGCUGAAGCUGGAGUCUAUCCAGCGCUUCUUCCACCUGCAAAUGAAGCGAGACUGAUAUUUGAUAAAUACUUGAAUGGGUCUCAUGUCCAGAACCCAUUUCUCCUUCGGCGAGAAGUACAGAACAUUUACAGCAGAGUAUAUCUGUCAAGCCCUGAAGACCAGAAACGCCAACUUUCCGAGCAAGAUGCAAAUCAUGACCUUCUUAGAGCUUUCAUGAUCCUUGCUAUCGGAUCGGUUCUCCCGUAUCGCAAUGGGGAGGUUGAGCAUCAUCCCUAUGGCUACUAUCUAUCUGCGCUAAAGUAUUUUGAUGAUGGCUUCCUCUCUGGAGGGCUUGCUUCCAUCCAAGAUCUCUUACUCGUCGGCCGGUUUGCAAUUUACCAUCACGUUGGAACUUCUAUCUGGGAGGUUACUCGCCUAGCUAUGCGCAUGUGCAUCGAACAAGGCUUUCACAAGGCCACGAUCCCGAGCCGUCAAAUCGGGCUUUUGGAAGAGCAACUCCAACGACGAGUCUUCUGGGAAUGUUACAUGAUUGACCGAUACAGCUCAAUAACGUUGACUCGGCCAUUUGCCAUCGGAGACAAAUACAUCAAAAUUGGGUUUCCGGUGGAUGCGAAUGACGAGGAAAUCGAAGCCGCAGAAGCCUCUGGAGCUUUCCCUGACCUGGACUCCUUUGCCUCCACAUCUUUGCUCACAUCCGUGACUACACGAACAACUGAGAUGUCCGUGUUCUUUGCUUGUCUUAGACUUCGACAAAUCACGUCUCAGAUUCAUACUGAACUUGGUCGUAAAGCAUCCCGACAGGAAGUACAAAAUGAUACCACAGCGAGAGGAGUCACCUACUCCAGUUUGGACAAGCUACUGAAGGAACUGCAACAAUGGCGUUCUUCCACGCCAGUCUUUCACAACCCGCAAAAUCUCUACCAGAUGCAGGAAUGGUAUGACCUUCUUUGUCUCAGAGAACGCUUGUUACUGGUCAGAAAGGCGAUUGAUAUCGUUCCAAAGCGGGAUAACGUUCCUCCACGAGAUCUCCUAUUGCUGUGUCUCGAGUGCGCAUCUGGCGCUAUCACAUGUUUCUGCCAACUUUUUGAGUUGAAAAAGAUCACGUUCACUCGAAGCUACUUCCAACUGCUGUUUACUGCAGGCCUUUCUGUGAUGUUUUGCCUAUCUGUUGUGAAAGACUUUGACCAAGUGACUAUACGGAACGGCACUGACGCAGUGAUAAUGGGUGAAAGGGCCUUGAAGAGAAUGAGCGAAGAGCUUCCAGAUGCGACACGAUAUAUCACCGUCUACGAAGCUUUGCGACGAUAUGUCAUUCGCAAAUACAGCUGCCGAUUAGAAGUCGAAGCUGUGCAAAAUACCCAUCCUACAUUGGAGGCGAAUCAUGAUCUCUCUCGAUCAACUGCAAUAGCCCCCAUGCUUGGUCCAAAAGCAUGGUAUGGCCAACACGAGGGUCGGAACCACUUGGAAGAUCCUGGGAUGUUCUCUGCUGGUCCGAGCUUCUCCCCAGGCCUUCAUACGCAUUCCUCGCUUCGGGUUCCAAUCACCGAGACCGAUUUUACUCCUCGUAGGAUGGUGGGCAUGCUAGGCGACACGAACAUAUCAGAAGGUUCCAUACUGUCGUGGGAUAUCUUCGAAGAUAACGCGUUGUGGAACAUGGAGGCUGGCUUGAAUGAGUAUGCCUACGGAGAUCCUCCACUGAAUUUGCACUUCGAUGAUUCAUUUGAUUUGCAGAAUAUGCUGGGAUAG